UGGAACCAGUUUUAUAUAUUGUUUAGAGUGAUUUGGAACCGGUUUAGAGUCUCGAAUCCACGUUCGGAUCCGGUUCAGUGUCUGGUUUGAUUAGACCGAACGCUAGAGUGUACCGUAUUACUUUUAUAUUUCACUCGAGUAAUAAUUAGCCAAAGGAGAACUAAGUGAUUUUCAUUCAUAUGUGAACUCCACUGCAAAUUACAAAUUGCUUCAGCUUGCUUUAAAUGGUGCAUCUCUAGGCAUCAGCCACCUACUGUGUAUCCUGAACUUGACAUGGUUUCUAUGGUGAUAUAAAUAAUGCCGGAUGAAGACUAUAUAAAUGGAUGGAUGGAUGGAGGGAGGGAGGGAGGAAAUGAGAGGCUAGCGAUAAUUUCUGAAGUUGUCAUGAUGGACUGUUUCCUUUCAUGUUCUUAACAUAAAUCUAGAAUGAGAUGAAUAAUAAGAAUAGUAAAACUUAAACUAUAUUCAUGCAUGUGAAAAAUAGGAUGAACAAAAUAGUCAAAUACUAUAACAUUAAGUAGGCCCUACAUUAAGUAUGGUUUCAUGGUAUUUGAGUGAUAAAUCUUUUGAAAAAGUGCAUGAUAUAGAAUAAUCCUAUUCAUUUCUCUAGUUUCAGUUUCAUUUUGAUGUUUUUUACUUUAUACCUAACAGAAUUAUAUAAAAUUAUAUCAAAAGAACUGGUUAUUUAACAAUUCUAUUAUGUUUUGUUAUUUACAUCUUGCAAUAAAAUUUUAUGUUCAUGUUAAAUGUAAAAUAUAUAAGAACUUUAAAUUAUUACUAAAAUAUAAAAUAAAGAAGUGAAUUUAUAUAUGUAAUCCUGAUCAUCUGACCCUUUUAUGUUACUUGAUCCUCUAGCACAUUAUUUCAUAAAAUUUCUGUUUUGAAACAGUUACAAACAAAAUAUAUGUAAAACAGUUUUGUAUUUAAUUAACAAUCAAAGAUAAAUAAAAUAUUCUUGGAAUAUUCUUUUAAACUGAAACAUUUUUUUAAGGUUGGAUAUAUUAUACUAUUACAAACUCUGAGAAAUAUUACAGACGAUUCCAUAGUCGACAAUUCUACCUACUUUAUAAGGAUUCACGCAUGACUGCGUCACCUGAGCCGCCCUAUCGGAUCUAUGUUUGACGGUACUCUUUGCGCCAUGCUGCAGAUCUCUUGUAUGUCAUUUUUCCUUUAAUUCAUAUAAUUCUGUUUUCUCUGGAAAUUGAAACCCAGACCUCCGGAUAUAGAAUCAUUAAUGAACCCUUGGUCAAACCACUGGACUAAUGGGAUUUCACAACUGAAACAUUUUAAAGAAGAAAAAAACGAAAUCACAAAAAAAAAAAAAAACUGAAUGAGUUAUUUGGUCACAAUUACAGUACUAUAUAAUUUGGUCAAAAAUGAAUAGACUAAAAUAGAGAAUAUACCUGGUUUUCCGUAAAAAGAAAAGAAUAUACCGAUUUCAUAAUAUUCUAGGACAAAAACUGCCUUUUGUUAUAGGUAAAUUAGGACACAAAUUUUCUAGGGUCCAAAGUCAAAUUUCAACACUUGACGUAUUAAUGAUUGCUUGGCAUAUAAAAGGCUAGUGCUCUUACAUGUGGUUCAACAUAAACAAGACAAAGAGGUGGUCGUUUUAUCUUUAUAUAUAGAGAGAGCUUCCAUUAUAUAUACAUAACACACACAAAAAUAUCAAGUUAAGAAAAAUGGAGAAAAAAUUGAGUGUGGCGAUGAUGGUGUUCGUUUUGGUGGUGAUGGCUGCCAUUGGAGGAGAAGCAAUAAAUCAUUUGUGUACAUUUAAAUGUGAGAUUACCUGCCGCGAUCCGGAGUUCAAAAGCGAGUGCUUCAGAGCAUGUAUGGCUGACUGCGACCAUGAUAAACCUACAAGUACCUUUCACUCAACUAAAGCAUACUCGAUGAAGACUGGGGAGAUGGAAGAAAUGAGAGAGUAAAGUAGUUUCAGAAUUUCUCAUGAUGUUCCUUUUCUUUUCUGUCUACAUGUAAACGAAAAUCUGCAAUAAUAAAAAGAUUAAAUAAUAGUAAAAGAUUUAACAAGGUAUUUGGGAUAACAUACACAAUUCAUCUAUUGAUAUUCAAAAACUAAUUAUUUGUUGGAAAUAGUGCAUGGUCAUCUGAAUCAUUGAAUUUAACUUGAUUCGGUGGUUAAGUAUGAAAUUAUCAAAGGUUACACAUGAAAUGAUCAUAUAUUUGUUUCCGAUUUAAUAUACAGUCACUUUUCUUUAUUCUAUAUACAUUUUUUGUAUGUUGAAAGUUGAUAAAUCUCUAUCCAUCUUUUAUUUUUGGAUCACUGGUUUACUAUAUUCUAGAUAUAUUCUGUAAUUCGUGUUUGAGCUACUUCAUAAACGGUUUAGCAUGUAGAAGUGAUAGUAGCGACUAGAUGAAAGCAUGCUAUAUUCUAGAUAUAUUUUGUAAGUCGUGUUUGGACUAGUUCAUAAAUGGUUUUACGUGUAGAUGGGAUUAGAAUAACUAGAUGAAAGCAACAUGAUAAAAAUAUAUGAUCAUUUCGCAUCCAAUACUGUAUAUAACUUUAGAAGAACGUAAUUAACAAAGUACAAUUUUCAUUUAUUCAUCAGAGAAAGGGUUUAGUCUUCCAUGAAAAGAAAAAAUGGAAUACGGGAAUUUCAUUAAGGUUUGAUCGAAAUUCAGCAAAUUUUAUACAUAGUUGGAAUCAAAUUGAUGAGAACCAAGUAGUUAACCGAAGUAAACCAACGUAUAAUGAUAAGCAACCACGUACAAUAAUAUUGCUUAACGGAACCGAUACAAUCUCAAGAUCUCAAUCAAGACCUUGAGCCCUCAAAUCCAGAGAACAACCUCUCUGAACUUGCCUUCAAAUGCAUAGACACUCCUCUGAUUUGCCUAAAAAAUUCUCUAUGAUCUUUCGAUAAUCCUCAACAACUCUCAUCGAUCCUUAUUUAUACUCUCCAGUUUCAGUAACAGCAAAGCCUCUGACUGAAUCAGCAACUUCGCUAACUUGCCAACACAGCAACCAUCAGCCACGUCAGCUAUAGUAUUCGGUAUCUAUCAUAUAACUAGAUGAACUUCUAUAGCAACCGGUUAGUGCACUUUGUACUCUGGUACAAACAUCACUUCGCUCAAACAAAAAUGUGCCUCAUAGAUUGUGUGAACAAGCUAUGCAAGCAUCAUCCACUAAAUACUCGCAGUUAAUAUCUCUCUAUAGAAUACUUGUGUGUCAGUAUACACGUAUGUGUGAGUGUCAGCGCCGGUCUAAGAGUGGUGAAGGCUCCACACAAAAUUUGGAUUUUAGCUGUGUAAUUUUUAAUAAAAAACCAAUAAAAAAAUUUAGCCUAAAAAAUUGAAAAAAGGCGUGGACCCUAAACGGUUGGUUCUAAUAUUUCUGCUGCGGGCCGGGCCUCGUGAGUGUGUCUGUAAAGUGAAAUUUACAUGGUUUCUGUGGUGACGAUGCAGGAUGAAGACUAGAUAGAUAGAUGAAACCAGAGGAUAGAGAUAGUUUCUAAAUUGGUCAUGAUAGAAUAUUCAUUUUCUUUCACUGGUAGAUGUAAAAAAAAGUAUAAUAAGAUCAAGUGAAAUUGCAUUUCAUAUACACAAUUUUUCCCAUAAUUAACUCAAUACCCUAAAUCUCAUACCAUGGUAUCUUUGUUCAUAGACACACAACUUGUUACAUCAUGUGUAUUUACCUAAUUUUCAACUUCUUUGUAGUUUUUUAGCUAAUUGACUAUCCAUAAUAAUAAAAAGAGUUUCACAUAUUCAUGCGACAAAUCAGAUGAAAAAUGAAGUAUUAUAAAUAAUGGGAAACUCUGAAAAAAUACUCUAGUAAGAGAUUUUAUUUUGAAAACUACACUGUCUUUUUUAUUCUUUUGAAAACUACAUUUAUUUAUAAACUAAAAGACUAAAUUACCCUUGACCAAUAAAGACUAUAUAUUACAUAACUAACAAAUUACGUUUAUUACAUUCACUCGUGAAUGUAUGAUAGAUCAAAAUAUUUCGUGAUCGUAGUGUAAGAAUAUAAGAUGUAAGACUGGUUUGAGUAUUUAGAUGCGUCUCAUAUAUAAGUUAGAGACCUAUUAGGCUAUUACAAAUAAGAAUAAACGAAUCAAACUGUAGCAUCUUAAUAAAGAGAGUCUAUGCCUAAAAUGACAGAGAAGCGGAUAUCAUAAGCUAAGCUUCCUACCGACAAGGUAAACAUCAACAUAGUUAAGUCUCUCUUUUCUACUAUGUGGAGACGUAGUACGUGAAGUGCUUGUUAUCGGUGUUAGCAGCACUUAUUGGGGAAUAAUGUGUAUUCACAUGCUCAGAAACAAAUGAAAUCCAACCCUAUAUGGUAUCUCACAUGUCUCCAACGUUAGGAUUGACAGGUUUAUAAAUCUUUCUUAAGUAAACAUAUAUAUCCCAUGAUGUUGGACAAAAAGAUAACAUUCAACCGCAAGAAAAUUAACAUUCUCAAAAGUUUAUAACAGUCGGACGUCAAUUUACGCGAGGUUUCAGUAUCCUUAGAAUCAGAUGGAUUCUUAUCUCGUCAUUCUCUUUUACAUCUUUUUUUUUCUCAAACAAAGAAUACUACGUAGAGGUCCUGUUCUGCAUCUUCUUUGUCGCCACCUCGAUUUAUGACAUGAAUUCCUUCAUAACUACGCAAUCUGAAAAAUGUACAAUACAAUCUUACAUGGUUUCGUAUGAAUUAAACACCUAAUCAAAACAAUUUUCAGUACCACAACAUACAAUUUGAUUAGGAAUUAAAAUGUGACCUUGACCUACGUACAUACAUAAUUAAAAUAAUAAAAAUGUAAUUUUAAUUUAAAUCAGGGCAAAAAUAGCUUAUCAUAUAUAAAAUACUCUCUAUGUUCCUAAAUAUAAAAUGUUUAGGAAAAAACACAUAUAUUAAGAGAGAAAAAAAAUUUCUAGAAAAUAUUAUUAAAACUAUAAAAUAAUUGUAUUCAACCAAUUACAAAAUAGAUUAUUAAAUAUAUAUGAUUAGUUAUACAGUUUUUAAUAAAGUAAAAGUUACCUAGAAAGUUGAAAACAUCUUAUAUAUUGGAACAUUAAUUUUUUUUGGAACAUCCUACAUUUAGUGAACCUUUAUGAAAUCCUACAUCAAAUAACAUGUGUUUUUGGUGAACCUUUAUAGAGGGAGUAGUGUAGUUUUCAAAACAUCAAAUAAACAGUGCAUUUUUAAAAUUUGAAAUCCUAAAUAAGGUUUUUGCCUAAUUAACAUGUGUUUUUGGUGAACCUUUAUAUUUUCCUAAUUAUAAUUAUAACUUGUUCAUUGUUUCAAGUAUAAUUACAACAUGGUAUUUGAGAAAACUGAUAUGAAUCUAUUGAUAUGCAAAAACAAAUGAUUUACUGUAUUGGUGAUUUUUAGAAAAAAUGGAUGAUUUAGAGUAAAUCUAUUCAUUUUUCUAUUUUUAGUUUCAUUUUGAUGUCUUUACUUUAUACCUAAACAAAACUAUAUAUUUAAAGAUUACACAUAAAAAUUAAAUUAAAAGAACUACUUAGUUAGCAAAAUAAACUUUUAUUUUGAAUGUUUGCUAUUUUACAUUAUUCAAUAAAAGUUCAUGUAAACGGUUCGGUUACAUAAAAAAUUAUUGAAUUAUUAUUAAAAUGUUUUUAGAGUUGUAAAAUUGUAUAUGUAAAAUUUUGAAGAUAAUUAUAAAUUAAAUUUGAAUGAUAUAUACUGAGGAUCAAUACUAUUAAAACAGAAGAAUUUUUUAUGUACUUACGAAUAGUCUAGGUUGAACCAUUACAUUUAUUUAAAUUUCUAUUAUUUCUCCUACAACUAAUUACUUAUUGUUAAAUAUAUAUCAUAUCUAACUACCUAUUUUAAUAUUUUCAAAAUAAGAUAUCUAAAAGAUAUUCUUAAGUAUCUUUUCUAAGAUUUUAUUUUAAUAAUAUUUUUAAUACCUUUUUAUUUAAAAUGUAAAUAUACAUUUCUUCUUAAUAUUUACUUUACAUAAUAAAAUUCAUAAUUAAUAUUAAAUAUAAUUAGCAAAAUAAUAUUAAUUCAUUUUUUAUUUAUAUAACAAGUAAUAACACUCCUAAAAUAUUUAUAUAUACCUAAUUUAUAUUCAUAAUUAAAUUACUACAACAUUUUAUAAAUAUAAAGUAAUUAAAUCAAUUUAUUAACUAUUUGAUAAAUUAUAAAAUUAAAUAAUAACAUAUAUUCAUGAAUUUUAUAACAUAUUUUAAAACAAAACAUUAAAAUAAGAUAUAUAAACUAAUAAAUAAUUUCAUAUUUUAAUAUAAAUUUUUAAAUUAUAAUAUUAAAAAUAAUUCAAUAUUUUUAUCAAGUAUGACACGGGUUGAAUGGCAUAUAUUUAACAUAAAAAUAUAAAAUAAAUUUGUACCAUAAUUUAAGCUUUAUAGUGUAAAUAAAUUUAAUAUGGGAUGGGUUAUGUAAAUGAAUUAUCUUAUCUUCAUAAAACUAUAUUCAUGUAAAUUUUAAUAUAACUAUCUAUUCUUUUUAAAAAAUAGGCUCGAUAAUUGAUAUCUUGCAUGUUUACAUGUUUUUAGCCUUCAUAUCUUGUACAUUUUGAUCAUAUAGAUUAGGAAUUAAGCAUCUUUAGAGUCUAUGUUGCAUGCAUUGCCCUUAUUAGAUGUUGGAGAGUGCUAUGGAGUGAUUGGAGAUGUUUGAGAGCAUUGUGAUUCAAAAAAGAAGUAGAAAAGGAUCAUUGGGCGAGUAGAGGAGCUGGAGCGACCUACUGGAGCGAGGUCAUGCACCCGCUCUGGAUGAGUGAAGUGUAGAGCGACCCACGGGAGCGAGGUAUGACACUCGCUCUGUACUAGAGCGACCUCUUGCACCGGGGUAGUGCACCCGCUCCGAGCUCAACAUGUCGUCGACAACUUUCCAGAUGUGGAGCGACCUGGUGCAGCGAGGUCAUGACCCCGCGCGGAAUUUGAAGAAGUGGAGGUGAUCUUUGGAGCGACCUACGGGAGCGAGGUCAUGCACCCGCUCCGAGCAUUCUUUAUCUUAGUCGAAUUUUAAUGUUUUAAAAAGGCUUUUUAGACUUUUUAAUGGAAACCAUUAGGUUUUCCAAAGACAUAUAAAUACUCUUGUAAUCCUAAAGUUAGGAUCUUAUCUUAUUUUCUAUCUAAUCACAAAGAACUUUGAGUGUGAUUUCUUAGAUUAUAUUGAUCACUAAUCAUGAUUAACACCAAAUCAUCAUUGAUUCUUGGGUCUAUCAUGACAAUUAGUGAGUAGUCAUCUUUGGAUUCAUGGGUUAGGGAGAUUAAGGGUGAUUAAGCUAAAUCUAAGGUGUUUAGGUAUAGAUCAAUCUUGUUCCUUGCUAGUAGAGUGCUUUUAAUGCAAUUUUAGAGUUGACCUCUCUAAAGUUGAGCUCUAGGCAUUUCAUACCCGGAAGGUGUUUGAUGAAAUGCCUGAACCAACUCUCCUAAGCUUUUAACAUUCUUUACCAAAGGGAUUUGUUGUUAAAGGUGUUAAGAUGGCUAGUAGACUUGAGAUUAAUGAUUACUUAGAUAACAUUCAACCAAAGGAAUUUGAUGCUUGAGUUAUCUAGGUAAAUGAGCAUUCAUCUAGGGAUAGAGUUUGCUUAGGAUUGUGUCUAGGUCUAAGGUAGAUAUAAAUUGGUUGAAAGUUGACACCUUUAGGUUGAAUCUUGAUCACCCAAGAUCAAUUCCCAUAACCCAUGAGUUCUUCCAUCUUAUAAGAAAGAAAGCUUUGUCCUUUAUUGCAUUUUAGGUAGAAAUCUAGUUUAAAAUCAUCUCAAGAACUGGUAGCACUUAGAUUAAGUAAGGUCUUGCAUUCUCUUUGCAUCAUAAUCACUUAGAACUGGUUUGACAUCCUUUAUACUACAACAUUUGAUUAGGAGCCUUGAAACUCUUAUCAUCAAAUUGGCGCCGUUGCCGGGGAUCGAACCCGGGUCACCCGCGUGACAGGCGGGAAUACUUACCACUAUACUACAACGACAAGUACAUGCAACUUGCCUCUCAUCUCAAGGCUUUGGAGAGUCAAGUUGCUUCUAUGCCUUCAUCCUCCAAGCAGCCAAUGGGAUCUCUACCAGGAAAACCAGAAAAGAACCUUAAGGAGUCUUGCAAUGUUGUCUUCUCUACUACUUUUCCAGAGAUUGAGCUGAGUGAUCAUGAGAAAGAAGAGGAGGAUGAGAUUGAACGGCUGGUAUUUGGAACUGAGUUUGGGGAAGUUGAGAGAUUUGUUGUAGCCACAGCUGAAGCACAGAUCGUGAUGGACGCUGCCAUCAAGGUUGAAGCAACGAAUCUGCAAAGAGCUGAGCACAAGGCUGAAAAACAAGUUGAGAAGAGAGCUGACAACAAGCUAAAAAAGGUUAAGCUAGAAGAAACAACUAAGGUUGAGCUUUCACCCUAUGAUCAACUCCCUUUCCCCCCAAAGAGUUCUCACCAAAGCUCAAAGGAAGGUGCUCUCCAAGUUCAGGAAAGAUCUUACUGAUGUUGGCGUCAGGCUUCCAGAAAUCUCGGGUAUGCGUGAAGCUCAUGUCCAGAUGAUGCUCAUCAACGACAUUCUAGACCACCAAGCUGAAGUGGCUGAGCUUUUGGACAUCUCCAUUAUGAAGAUUGAUCCACCAAUCCCUCCAAAGUUUCUCCCUAAAAUUGAGUCUCAAGGGAUGUUCACCUUGCCUUGCAACCUUGGUAAGUUCACUUUUGAUGAUGCUCUUGUUGAUUCUGGUGCAAGUGUAAAUGUGAUCUCAAUGGAGAUGAUGAAGAGCCUAGGGAUUGAGAGCAUGGAGCCAAACACAUCUUCCCUACAGUUUGGGGAUUCCUCUUCUACAACUCCUAUUGGUCUCAUCAAGGACUUCCCUUUGAAGAUUGGAGCAUGCACCAUUCCUAUAGACCUCACUGUUCUGAAGAUGGCAACUGAGAAGAGAGUCCCAUUGAUCCUUGGCACUCCAUUCCUUACAACAGUAGGAGCUUGCAUAGACUUUGCCAACAAAAAGGUCACACUCCUAAAUGUGAACAAAGUUGUCUCCUAUCCACUACAAUCCCCAAAGAUGAAUGCUGAGUAUUGUGGAACAAUUACUUGUGGAGCAUCUUCCAUUGAGAAGACCAAGGCUGAAGGGGUUGAUAUUAAGAAAGAAGGUCUUGCUGGAGAGUCUUCUAAAGAGUUGUGUGAUGAGCACUUGGAAAGUGUUACAAAAGAGGAGGUGAGUAGAAAUACAAAGGUUGCUCAUGACAAGAAGAAGAUUGUCAAAGAACCUCAUCCUCCACCUCUUGAUAAGACUCUUCACAUUCUCACUCUCCACCCAAUGAAGCUUAAGGAUGGGGCCAUUGAGUACAAAAUCAAGUGCAAGGGGAGGUCUAAGCCAUUCUCAAGUGCAAGGGCCAUCAUCACUCCUCAGCUCCAAAGUGAUCCAAUCAAGCUUCAAGAGCUUCUCUCUCAAGUUCUCACAAUCACUCUUGAAGGUGGGAAAGAUCCUCCUCUUCACUAGCCAAUUGGAAGAAAAGUCAAGCUAGAGACUUAAAACAAGCUCACUUGGGAGAAAGUCCCAUGGUAUCCUUUGUAUAUAUCUUUAUAUAUCUUUUUCUUGCUUUAGUGUGUUUGAAUAAGCUUAGGGACAAGUUUGGGGGAAUUCUCAAAAAUUCCCAAAGGUCAUGUCAAAAAUUCCAAGGUGACAACAAGUCCUCCCUCCUCAUUUCCCUUCUCUUAUGACAGCCAACUUCAAGUAAGUGCAUUCCACCCUUGUAAAUUUUUAGUUUUCAUGUUUAUCUCUUUCCCUUAGAUCUCUUCUUUGAGCUUAUUCUCACACAAGAGACUGUGUGAAGUAAGUUUGGGGGAGAGUCUACUAUCUCACAUUGUGUUUUGUUUUGACUACUUGUCAUUAAGUCUCAUGCAUUGCAUUGUAAAUAAUUAUUUGCAUAGAAAACCCACAAAAAUUAAAAACAUUUCGAAAAUCACAAAAAUAAGCAUUUAGUUGCAUCAUUUGCAUCUUUAGGAUUGAGUCUAGAAGCAUUUAGAUUUCAUUCAUGCAUUGGAAAAACCUUGUAAAGAACACAUGUCUAGAACUCAAUUUGACAUCCUAGCUAAACAUAUCAAGUAGCUUAAGCAUCUUUUGAAAAAGCUUGGAAGCUUUGAGCCUUGAAAACUCUUCUUGAAACUUGUUUGCUUGCUUGAUGUUGGCAUUGUUCUUAAGAUCAGCUCCAAUCUAAACUUGGCUUGAACGAACUUAAUCUCUCUUGCAUAUGGGCACUUGCAUACUUAAUCAUGGAUCUCAUACACAUUUGGGUUAUCUUAUUCCUUUAUAUACCAAUCUUUGUUAACCCAAAUGGCACUCCAUACCCUACAACCCUAACCAUUCUUUGAGACCAAACAUUGAAUUGCAUGAGUGAGGCCUCUUUUGAUAGCUUGUCAUGUGCAAAAUCUUGAGAGUAUUGGAGGCGACAUAGGUUUAUUCUCAUCUCUUGCUAGCAUAAUGAGCUAGCAUUUAGGGACGGUGAGAGGGGUUUGUGUAACCUAAAUUUCAAUAUCUUGGGUUUGAGGAGUGAGAAAGAUGAGAGAGAUGAAUAAAAGAGUGUUAAUAGAAAAGAAAACUCUAGGGACAAAAGAAAAAAAAAAGAAAAAGGGAAAGUAUGAAGCUUUAGAUUAUGUACGAAAGAACCUUCCCCCUUAUAGAAAAAAAAGAAAAAGAAUCAAAGAGAAAGUGUGGAAGGAAAUGAGAAAGAG